AUGUCUUCAACUUUGCCACCUACGGAAUCCCCCGAUAAUUCUAGCAGUCUUCAGAAGUAUGUACCGAUGAUUGACGCAAUUCUCAGUGUAUCUGAUCUUCAUGAAGUCACGGUGAAGAAGAUUAGAAAUGCUCUUCAGGCACUUUUUGUGAUUGAUUUGGGACCCGAAAAGAAGCCCCUUGCUUCAUUGAUAAUGGAAAGAUACUAUAAGUUAGUUGAUGAACGAGAGUCCAAAGCUGCUACUAAAAAAAGUGAUGAUAAUGAUAGUGAUAGUGGUUUAGAAGGCGAUAAAAGUUCCAAUAAAAGAAUAAAAAGACAGAGAAAGAAAAAAAUUGAUGAUGAGAUUUUGGCUACAAAGCUUCAUGCUCUGUUGAACUCUAGAAAUCUUAGAAAAGCUCAUUCGUAUAUUUCUCCUCCACCACCACGACCUAAAAGAGGGGGAGGAAUGCCCCAGUCAUUGCUAAGUAAUGAGUUGAAGGCUUUCUUGAAUGUGGAUUGUCCGCUUCCUAGAACAGACAUCGUAAAACGGGUAUGGGCGUAUAUUAAAGAGCACGAUCUCCAGAAUCCAAAAGAUAGAAGAGAAAUCUUGUGUGAUGAAAAUAUGCGGCCUGUGUUUGGAAAAAAGGUAACAAUUUUCCUGAUGAAUAAAGUACUCUCUAAACACUUGUUUUCUGAGAAUGAAAUGACAUUCCGUACCAAUUCACCGAAAGAUCCUGAUAAUGACCCUGGGGAUGAUUAA